AUGCAAUGGAUGGAUUUAUCACAAUAUUUGCCAAUAUCAUUGAUAUUAAUCAUUUUUAUCAUUCUUGGCUUUGAUCACUUUUGUUUUACCUCACUUAUAAGUCCUACCAACUUCCAACAAGGUACAACUGAAAUUGGUUUAUUUCGUUCAGCAAUUAAUUGUACAUUAAUUGUUAUUGCACCAUUAAUACUUAUUCUACCUAUUACAUUACCUGCUGAACUGAUAGUACAUUAUCUGUUGGGCUAUGGAUGCGCUGCAUUAUUAGCAAUUUCACUAAUUAGUCCAAUAUUACAUUAUAAUCGAUCACCCAGCAUAUGCUACUAUAUUAAAUUACGAUUCAAUCAGUCAUUUCUAUAUUUAUUGGUAUGCGUAUUAAAUAUAAUUUUUUUAAUCAUAUUUACCGUAAUAUUAUUGAUAAUGACAGUAUCACUUAUCACAACACGGAUAUCGUUCUUAUCACCUUACAAAAUAUGUACGAUAUUAGGAUAUACUAGCAUUUUUGCAAUUGCUUUUGGUGGGCAAACAAGCGUUUCAUCCAAUGUCUUCUUUGCAUCAAUUUGUUUAGCAAUGCUAGCAGCUUCAUAUAUAAUAUUUGAUAAUUUAACGAAUUACAUAUAUAAUUUUGUUGAAAUCAUAUUAUCUCACGAUUAUUUAUCAUUCGAUUCAUGGACAGCAUUUUAUUUGGGUAUCUUAAAUGGCUUACAUUUCCUUAUCACUAGUCCAUUAUUAUAUCAGCAGUACUUCUCGCUUUCAUCUUGUCGACGUUUACGUGAAUCAUUAGCUAUUCACGUGGGACUUUUUAGUCUGUUAACAAGCGUAAUGCUAGUAUCAUCCAAUUUAUUUGCUAAUAAAAUUAAUUGGUUUUGUCAAGUAAAUUCAUUUGCAAUGUUUAAUGUAAGCCAUGAAGAUAUAUCAUUGGAGAUAGAAAAUGGAUUAUUCCCAUCUCUAAUUAAUGCAGUAUUAUCACUUGUUGCUUCAUUUGCUAUCAUUCUAACUGAACUUACUUUGAUAAAUUUAAUUUGGGAAGAUUUACUAAGACCAUUGCUAAUACGACGAUCACUUCAACAGCAAAUUGGAUCAAUACAGGUUGGGUUAUUAAUAAUUGGAAGUAUAAUUAUUGCAUUAUCAAAUGCUUGGCUUUAUUUAGACAAGCCAUUAAAAUAUGGCCCAAUAUCACUACUAAUUUUAGGCACUUUAACAGCUCCAAUGACAGCACUUUAUACCUGCAGCUAUCUUUUUCCAUUUUUAAAUGGCAAAGGAGCAACAACUGGCUUACUUACUGGUAUUUUCGGUACCCUGGUGCUAUUUUACCUGUAUUUCCGAGUCACACCUCUUCGAUUUCACCAUUUUCCACUACAAUGUUUUAAUGAAACAUCAAUUACACAUUCAUUAAUAUGGGCUGACUGUAAAUUUGCAUAUUUCGAGUUAGAUUUUGCAUCAACAACACUACAAGCAAUAGCUAAUAAAGCACAAAAAUUAUUACCUAUUCUGUGCGAAAUACCAAUUACAUGGUACCCAUUAACUACUUUUAUAAUUACUACAUUAUCAAUGUUACUUGUAUCACUGUGUACGUGUAGCAGUAAUACGGACGAAUUUGAUUGGAAAUUAAUAAUCUGCGCACCUUAUGUUGGAAUAUUUACACGUCAUACUGAUAAUACAAUCAGUAAUGAUAAGCAUGUCGCGUUUGUUGAAUGCGAAUCAUUUCGAUAUGCACAACAAACACCAUAUCCGGAUACGGUAACCACAGUUACGCAUAUGAUUCAGUGA